GGCUCAAUUCUCGAAUGAUAUGUAGUACUCGUACUAACACUGUCUCCGAGAUCCCCCAUUCACCCUUUCAUCUUUCCACCCUUCCGGGUGAUUUCUCAUAAUGACCUGCCUGCAGUCUGCAGUCUUCUAAGCCGAACUUGUAAUCGAUACUAGUUCCCUUUGAGACAGGUUCUAUAUGUCAGACCUUUGUGUAAGUCUACAUGAGCAUGAGAAUUCCUCGGCUAUUAGCUUGCUUCUGUGUGGUUAGGAAACUAUAUUAGCUCCCUUCCAUAAUUCCUCAAGUAAACAACCACUUAACACUGUUCCUAAGUAUCUCUCUUCCUUUAAACCCAAAGUUUGAACCCACUCGGAACGAAUUGACAAUACACCAAUAUUAUACUGCAAGCUCCCUCGAUCUUAGUCCUUCUAUCAGAAUGGCUAUUCUCAUUCCCAGCAUUUCUAACGGUGCUGUCGAAGAUGUCUCAAGCGUGUCUCCUCAUGUGACAAAGGUCACGGGAGCUAGCCCCAAAUCACAUCACAAUUCCAAUUUCAAUAUCAUUGAUAUUCGCCAUGAUGGUGCCGAAAUUGAGUUGAAGGAUGAGAUAUUGGCAUCUUUGAGGCCAAAAAGUGGUCUCAAAAGUCUGCCCACCCUGCUCCUAUAUGAUGAACGGGGUCUACAAAUAUAUGAAGAAAUCACCUACUUAUCUGAAUACUACCUCACAAACGCAGAGAUAGAUGUCCUUGAACGUUCCGCGGAAAGUAUUGCUGCAAACAUACCUUCUAACUCCAUGGUUGUUGAACUGGGAAGCGGUAAUUUGCGCAAGGUGAGUAUAUUACUACGAGCUUUAGAUGCGGCCGGCAAAUCUGUCGACUACUACGCGCUUGAUCUUUCAUUGAAAGAGUUGGAGAGAACUCUAGAGCAGGUUCCGGAAUUUAGAUACGUGAAAUGCCAUGGACUUCAUGGAACUUAUGACGAUGGUCUCGCAUGGUUGAAACUUCCUGAAAACUCCUCUAGGCCAAAGUGCGUUGUAUCAAUGGGAUCGAGCAUUGGUAACUUUCAAAGGCACGAUGCAUCGGCUUUUUUAAAGAGUUUUGCGGAAGUUUUGAGCCCUUCGGACAUGUUUCUCAUUGCAAUCGAUGCGACUAGUAAUCCAGAAAAAAUCUAUCAUGCUUAUAAUGACAAGAAAGGGGUCACCCAUAAAUUUGUCCUAAAUGGUUUGAUCCAGGCGAACAAAAUACUCGGAGAGAACGUAUUUGAUAUUGCAGAUUGGACUGUCAUCGGAGAAUAUGUAUAUGACAUGCAAGGUGGCCGUCACCAGGCCUUUUAUUCCCCAACUCGAGAUAUAGUCAUCAAAGACGUUCUUGUAAAAGCAGGAGAACGUGUGAAGAUAGAGGUCAGUUUGAAAUACUCACAGGAAGAAACAGCCAAGCUAGUGAAAGAUGCUGGGAUGACAGAAGCUCAGAAAUGGUCAGCCUCUACAGAUGAAUACAAUUUGCACCUCUUAUUAAAGAGCACAAUGGCAUUUGACUCGAAUCCAGACGUAUAUGCGUCGUCUACAGCCCCAACUUUUGAGGAUUGGAAAGAUCUGUGGUCAGUAUGGGAUACUGUCACCAGAAAAAUGAUUCCAAACGAAGAAUUGGUCGAGAAGCCAAUUAAACUUCGAAAUGCUUGCAUUUUCUACCUGGGACAUAUUCCGACAUUCUUGGAUAUGCAACUUAAUAAGGUUACUGAAGAGCCCCUUUGUGAGCCUUCUUCGUAUCCCGCAAUUUUCGAAAGGGGAAUUGAUCCUGAUGUUGACAAUCCCGAGCAAUGUCAUUCUCAUUCCGAGAUUCCCGAUGAGUGGCCACCACUUGAAGACAUUCUAUCAUAUCAAGAAAAGGUAAGAACAAAAGUUAAGAAGCUAUAUGCAAGCCAAGCACUUCCCAGAAAUCUUGGUCGUGCACUUUGGUUGGGGUUUGAGCACGAGGCUAUGCAUUUGGAAACUCUUUUGUAUAUGUUACUGCAAAGUGAUAAGACAAUUUCACCCACUAGCGCUAGGCCGGACUUUAAAGGAGAAGCAGUAAAAGCCAAAGCAUUGCGAGUGCCAAAUGAAUGGUUUACUAUUCCAGAGCAGAAAAUCGUAGUUGGGUUAGAUGACCCUGAGGAUAAUUCUGGACCUGACAAUCAUUUUGGGUGGGACAAUGAGAAACCUUCCCGAGAAGUUGUGGUUCAAUCAUUUGAAGCCAAAGGACGACCAAUCACUAAUGAAGAGUACGCUCUUUAUUUGGAACAGACACAUGAAAGCAAGAUCCCUGCUUCAUGGAUUCAAAAUCAACGGUCGAACGGCUACACCAACGGCACUUCAAAUGGAUACAGUAAUGGAAGUGUAAAUGGGUCAACUUCGCCUCGGUUAAGUAAGGCAUAUCUCGAGGACAAGGCAGUUCGAACAGUCUACGGUCCAGUGCCACUUGAGUAUGCCCUAGAUUGGCCCGUCUUCGCUUCAUACGACGAGCUUUCUGGAUGUGCAACCUGGAUGGGGGGGCGAAUCCCGACGGUUGAAGAAGCUCGAAGUAUUUACAGUCACGUUGACGGCUUGAACGUAAAGAAAGCAGAGAGACAUCUAGGCAAGACUGUGCCAGCUGUUAAUGGGCAUCUAAUAAACGAGGGCGUUGAAGAGACGCCACCAUCACAAGUGUCUCAAGUCAGUGGAAGCUCUCAAGAGCUUUUCACCGACCUCAAAGGUGCUAAUGUAGGAUUCAAGAACUGGCAUUCAAUUCCCGUUACUGCUGGAGGCAAUAAACUUGCUGGGCAAGCUGAUAUGGGCGGAGUUUGGGAAUGGACCAGCUCACCGCUCGUUCAACAUGAAGGAUUUGAGCCGAUGCCUUUGUAUCCGGCAUACACUGCCGACUUCUUUGACGGAAAACACAACAUUAUCCUUGGAGGAUCAUGGGCAACUCAUCCUCGUAUUGCUGGAAGGAAAACAUUCGUCAAUUGGUACCAGCGGAAUUAUCCAUAUACAUGGGCAGGUGCACGACUAGUUCGUGAUCUCUAGGUUGGCUGCAUGCUUUGAAUAUGGGCGUUAAAGCUUCUUUCACCGUUCAACAUGGGAGGAAGCACGCCACUAUCACUCGAGCGAAUCAACUUCGUCUUGAAAAGACCACAAUAUAGUAACAUCAAGGAUAAAAUCAGUUGGAUGAGUUUUGCGACGUUGAAGUUUUCUUUUUCUUUUUCCUUUGGGUUAUAAUGACUCAGAUGAAAUGACUUUGAUAACUAUGAACGGAUUUGGGUAGCUAUAUGAAUUAUUCGAGAGACUUUAAGAUGGAAACAAUCAAAUGAUCCAUUACAUUACCCUGUCAUUUUCGUGUUCGCGGCUAGCAGUUCAAGUUUUGCAAUAUUUUUGGAAAAUGAUAAUAAGUCAAGAUGAGUCUCCCA